UAGUGUAUUCUGAUGCAGCUAAAUUGUAAAAACUGUUUUCAUUGAUAUAUUUGAUACACAAGAUAAAGACAAUAGCUGUGCUGUGAUUUCAGCUAUACUUGCAUUUAAAAUAAGAGAAGUAAAAGAAGUGUGCAAGUGUGCACACGCGAUGGGAAAGAGAGACCACUUAUGUAUUGGUCAGGCUGCUGUUACUGAGUUCUGACUAAAGGGGAAGCGGGGAAAGAAAAAACAGUAGUUGUUAUUUUCAGACACAUCUAUCCCUCCGUCCAGUGUAAAACAUUUAGAGCUUGAGAUCUGAGAGGAUUUCUGUCGUCUUCAAAUCUCUUCUCCGGUGAAUGUAAAUGAUGGAAACAUUGGUGACGUUCCUCCUUACUGAAUCUCUGAUACAAGGUGUUUUUUGUGGCUUUAAUAUGAAUCUGCCGAAGAAAGUAGAAGCUGUGAAAGGAUCCUGUGUUUUCAUCCCCUGCACAUUUGAUAUUGAUCAACAAUAUGAAGCUGACCUCACUAACAGUGCAAAGAGAAAAUGGUUUAAAGUCGGAAGAAGUACCGCUGUGUUUGACUCCAGCAGCCCCAACACUGGACUGUUAAAAGGAGAAAUAUUUGGCACUGCUACACAGAAAAACUGCACCACACGCUUUGAUAAUGUUGAUCAGAGUCAUAAUGGGUCAUAUUACUUCAGACUUGAAGCCAAUGGUAUAUUGAAACAUAGCUACAGAGGACCUACAUACUCUCAAGUUGAAAUUGUCGUCUUAGGAUCUCCACCCAAACCUACACUGAGCAUCUUUCCAGAUCAGCAGAUGAUUGAGGGAAGUUCAGUGAGUCUGCGCUGCUCUACUAAGAUCUUCUGUCCGUCUCGUCCACCAUCUCUCACAUGGAGCUCGUCUCUCAUCGAGAGCGUCACAGGACGACAGUAUCAGAGCCAAACUGAGCUCAUCUCUGAUCUGAACUUCACUGUUUCUCACCGUCAUCACAGAGUCACUUUCACCUGCACUGCAACACACCAGAUACAGCAGCAGAACACAACACAAGAGUCUCGUCUGCUACACGUUCAGUAUGCUCCCAAAAACACAUCGGUGAGGAUAAAUCCAGCUGGUUUAGUUCUGGAGGGUCGUUCAGUGACUCUGAUCUGCAGCAGUGAUGCAAACCCAGCAGUGAACUACACCUGGUACAGAGACACUGAGAGACCUCUGAAUCCAGUUCAGACCGGACCAAACCUGACCAUCAACAACACCAACCUGACACACAGCGGACGAUACUACUGUACAGCUGAGAACAAACACGGCACACAGACCUCAUCAGUGCUGCUGGACGUCCAGUAUGCCCCAAAAAACACAUCAUUGUCAUUGUUUCCCUCCGGCUCAGUGAUAGAGGGCAAUCCAGUGACUCUGAUCUGCAGCAGUGAUGCAAACCCACCAGUGAACUACACCUGGUACAGAGACACUGAGAGACCUCUGAAUCCAGUUCAGACCGGACCAAACCUGACCAUCAACAACACCGACCCGACACACAGCGGACGAUACUACUGUACAGCUGAGAACAAACACGGCACACAGAACUCAUCAGUGCUGCUGGACGUCCAGCAGACUCAUUUCUGUCUGCAUCCUGCUGACAAUUAACAUUUAAGCGUCAUGUUUUCAUCAGACUUUAGAUAUCCAUCCUAAACAUAGGUGAAAAUCCCACAACAACCACAACAGCUUGAUGUUGUCUAAUGUGGCACGGUUUCCCUGCGUCACUUAUAGUAUAAAGACCUUUCUCUGUGUAUACAUAUCCUUACAAGUUUUAACUGUGUUAUUGUCCCCUUCAAAAAUUGCUGGUCCCCUCACUGUAUGACGCAAUUUACCGCCUUUGUGGGAGUCUCUUGAAUUAUAAUUAAAAAAGCAGGAUUUUUUUGUAGAGGGAAAUAAAGCUUAAUAAUCAAAGCAUCAUUCAGUCAACCCAAUGUCGAUCCAAACCUGUAUUUUAUUAACUUAUGACUGUCAGAAUUAUAGAACAACAGAUAAAUAGAUUACAGUAGAGAAGACAGACAGGAAAAAAAAAACACACACCUAGCAACCACACAGAGCACCCUAGCAACAGCAUAUAAGUAACAAACAAAAAAACAAAACUCGCAGAACAAGCUCACCAACCACAAUCACACUGUCAUCAAAUUUGGGAAAAACACAG